AAAUAUUUCCCCCAGUCCCCCCCUCAAACAUACCCCACAGGGUGAUAAGGGACGCUAGUAUGGUCUUCAAACCCUUCAAAUCCCCGCUCAUCCGCAAACCCAUCCCAUCAUCGUCUCCGUUCGCGACUCCCGGUGCUAGUACAACCACAACCACAGCUACAGCUACAGCUGCACCUUCUGCUGCGGUUACGACCGCCAGCACUACAAACAAUCAAGAUCCUACCGCAAGCGACGAACCACCCGCGAAGAAACAGCGUAUACAUUUACAUCAUGCGGUGACGGGAAUUGAGAACCGGGGGGUCGUGCCGGGGGUGGUGGAUUCGGUGCCGCAGCAGCAACAGCAACAGCAACCGCAGAAGAGAAGAGGGAAGGCGACCUUAUUGUGUUUGGCGACGACACCCACACCGACACCCCGGAGGUCGCUUGCUACUGAGACGGUUUCUUCUCGAGUCGCUGGGAGGGAGGGACCGGGGUUGAAUCGGCCUAGGGGGGAGAGUAGUGCUGAUAGUGGGAGUCGUGGUGGUGGCGGUGAUGCGAGGAAAGAAACUGCUCCUACUCCUCCUACUAUUGCUACUACUACUCCUACUACUACUACUACUACUACUACUACUACUACUACUACUACCACUGGUGUGUCUGCUGCGAAGGGUAAGGGUCAAGGUUUGGAUGAGGAGGGCCAGGAGAGUUAUUUUAAUGUCUUGUGGCGCAAAGUAACCACCAAGAAAAACAAAACCUGGGAUGGCGAUGCGGUGCUCCGGGUGAAGGAUGGCUAUGCCUAUAUGCACGAUCAUGCCACGGGGCGGGAUAUGGGUCGCGGGGUGGUGUCGAGGGCUAGAGGUCUGGAGGUUGGGGUCAUGCUGUCGAUUGCUGGGAAGGAGGUCGAGGUGGAUUGCGAGAUCUCGCGGGGGGAGUAUCUGGCUGCGAGGGCUGUUUCUGCUGCUGCUUCGGUGACAUCGGUGAAGGCAUCUGGUUUGGUGCGGAGUGGCAGCAGCAGCAGCAGCAGCAGCAGCAACAACAGACAAGGGAGCAAAGGAAAAGAGGAUGCGGCUGUCGAUGCGAAACCCAGUCCUAUUCGAAUUGCGAACCCCGCGUCCAAAAAAGGCGGGAUUUCUGCGGGUUACAAGCGACCGCUGCUGGAUUCCACUGUCAUACCGCAGCCUUCUACCGCUGCAGAAGUGCCCGUCCCCCGGCAUGACCCUACCCAGCCGGGGGCGUUGGUCAUGAAACGCCCAGAGUGCGUGCCCAACGGCAAGAAGAUCGUCGAUGUGGUGGUUGAUCCCAUCCUAGCGAAACAUCUUCGCCCCCAUCAGCGCGAGGGAGUCCAGUUUCUCUACGAGUGUGUCAUGGGGAUGCGCUCCUUCAACGGCGAAGGCGCAAUCCUUGCGGACGACAUGGGCUUGGGCAAGACGCUGCAGACCAUCACUCUCUUGUGGACGCUGCUGAAGCAGAACCCCGUCUACGGCGACUCUCCGGUCGUGAAGAAGGCGCUCAUCGUUUGUCCCGUGACACUGAUCAGUAACUGGCGCAAGGAGAUCCGCAAGUGGCUGGGCAACGAACGCAUUGGCGUCUUCGUCUUCGACAACGAUAAACGCAAGCGGCUGACUGAUUUCACCAAGGGCAAGGCGUAUAGUAUCAUGAUUGUGGGUUAUGAGAAGCUGAGGUCGGUGCAGGAGGGACUGGCUCGAGGCAAUGGCGUCGACAUCAUCAUUGCAGACGAAGGGCAUCGGCUGAAGACCCUCCAGAACAAGAGUGGACAAGCCAUCCAAUCGCUGAAUGCCAGCAAGAGGAUCAUCCUGUCCGGGACCCCGAUCCAGAACGACCUCAAGGAAUUCUUCGCGGCCGUGGACCUCGUCAAUCCGGGCGUCCUGGGCACAUUCAAGGCCUUCGUCAAGGACUUCGAGAUCCCUAUCGUGAAGAGUCGACAGCCCGAGGCUACCGAGGAGGACAUCGAGAAAGGUGAAGCCCGCAACGAAGAGCUCCGCGAGCUGACCUCCAAGUUCAUGCUGCGCCGCACGGCAGACAUCCUGGCCAAAUACCUCCCGCCCAAAUCCGAAUACGUCCUCUUUUGCAACCCCACGCGCACGCAGGCCAAUAUCUACCAGAACGUGCUGGCAUCGCCCAUUUUCCAGAGCGCCAUCGGCAACACCGAGAGCGCGCUCCAGCUCAUUACUAUCCUCAAGAAGCUCUGCAACAGCCCCUCGCUCCUCUCGCCUAGUGCCACUGAGGACAAGAACAAGGACAGCUCCCCCAACUCCACCGUCGCCGCGCUUCUCUCCUCCCUGCCUCCCAACCUCCUCCGCCACUUCGCCCCGUCCUCGAGUGCCAAGAUCCGCGUCCUCGACCAGCUCCUUCAUCACCUCCGCAUGACCUCCCGCGCGGAGAAGAUCGUCCUCGUCUCGAACUACACCUCAACCCUCAACCUCCUCGCCAAUCUGCUGUCGUCCCUUUCCCUCCCCUUCCUCCGCCUCGACGGCUCCACCCCGGCCCAGAAACGCCACGCCCUCGUCGAGGACUUCAACCGCCUGCCCUCGGACCUCUGCUUCGCGUUUCUCCUGUCGGCCAAAGCCGGCGGCACGGGGCUGAACCUCAUCGGCGCCAGCCGCUUGGUUCUGUUCGAUGUCGACUGGAACCCGGCCACGGACAUCCAGGCGAUGGCGCGCAUCCACCGCGACGGCCAAAAACGGCCGUGCCGGAUCUACCGAAUCCUGCUGAAGGGCAGUCUCGAGGAGAAGAUCUGGCAGCGGCAGGUGACGAAGCUGGGGUUGGCGGAUAGCGUGAUGACGACAGAUGCUGCCAAUGGUGCGGCUACCUCGUCAUCAUCGUCAUCAUCAAUGGCACAUUUUUCCCGCGACGAGCUGCGUGAUCUGUUCCGGUUGGACGAGGAGAGUCGAUGUCAGACGCAUGUAUUGCUGGGGUGUGAGUGUGGAGGCACCGAACCGGCCCCCAUCCCCGCCUCCGAGGAGGAGGAACCAGAAGAACCAGAAGAUGAAGAGGACUUCCCCGCCCUCCCCACCCUCAUCCAAGCCUCUCAUCUCGGCCGCGAGAAAGACAAGAAAGAGCCAGCGCCCAACCCACGACCCCGGCGCGCCUCCCGCCGUCCAAUCCCCCCUUCCUCACCCUCAGACACCGGCGCUGACGCUGUCCCUGGCGCUGACAUUGACACCUCCAUGACCGCACAAACCCAGACCCAACAAGCCGCCCCCACCACCACCCAAAAACAGCGAAUCAAGCAAUCUCUCGCGCAGUACCGCCACAUCGACCCGUACCAUCUCACCGCGCCCCCCGAGGAGAUCAGAGGCGAUGACGAGCUCGUCCCGGCCCUCGAGUCCGUCCUGGACGAUGAGGUCCUUGUUGCUAUGUUGCGCGACGAGGGGAAUCGCGUGGGAUAUAUUUUCAAGAAAGCUAGCGGUGGUGGGAAUACCUAGACAAGAAAGAGUUGG